GCGGGGCCUGCACGAGGCGGCGGGGCGGGGGCGGCUGCCCGCGCCCCUCCCCCGCGCGGCGCCCAGUGCCAGGCGGGAGGCGGCAGCGGUUGGAGGUUUCACCCGGCUUUGCAGCGGGGACAUUGGCGGCGGCGGCGGCGCCUCAGGCACCUCGGCCCUGACACAAUGAGGCGAGUGGUACGACAGAGCAAGUUUCGGCAUGUUUUUGGUCAAGCAGUGAAAAAUGACCAGUGCUAUGAUGACAUCCGGGUUUCUCGUGUGACCUGGGAUAGUUCCUUUUGCGCUGUCAAUCCCAGAUUUGUUGCCAUAAUCAUAGAAGCGAGUGGGGGAGGAGCGUUCCUUGUGCUCCCUCUGCACAAGACUGGUCGAAUUGACAAAUCCUACCCUACAGUAUGUGGCCACACAGGACCAGUGCUGGACAUAGACUGGUGCCCACAUAACGAUCAGGUCAUUGCCAGCGGAUCAGAGGACUGCACAGUUAUGGUAUGGCAGAUCCCAGAAAAUGGACUCACCCUUUCCCUAACCGAACCUGUGGUGAUUUUAGAAGGCCACUCAAAGAGAGUCGGCAUUGUGGCUUGGCAUCCGACGGCUCGCAACGUGCUUCUCAGUGCAGGCUGUGAUAAUGCCAUCAUCAUCUGGAAUGUGGGGACAGGUGAAGCCCUUAUAAACUUGGACGAUAUGCAUUCAGACAUGAUUUACAAUGUGAGCUGGAACCGGAAUGGCAGUCUGAUCUGCACAGCUUCCAAAGACAAGAAAGUGAGAGUAAUCGAUCCCAGGAAACAAGAGAUUGUUGCUGAGAAGGAGAAGGCACACGAAGGGGCGAGACCCAUGAGAGCCAUCUUCCUGGCUGACGGCAAUGUCUUCACCACUGGUUUCAGCCGCAUGAGCGAGCGGCAGCUGGCGCUCUGGAAUCCGAAAAAUAUGCAGGAACCCAUCGCUCUUCAUGAGAUGGACACUAGCAAUGGAGUGUUGCUGCCUUUUUAUGACCCGGACACCAGUAUCAUUUACUUAUGUGGAAAGGGUGACAGCAGUAUCCGCUAUUUUGAGAUCACGGAUGAAUCCCCGUAUGUCCACUACCUCAACACAUUCAGCAGCAAGGAGCCUCAGAGAGGAAUGGGUUACAUGCCCAAGAGGGGACUCGAUGUUAAUAAAUGUGAGAUCGCCAGAUUCUUCAAACUUCAUGAGAGAAAGUGUGAGCCUAUUAUCAUGACUGUUCCCAGGAAGUCUGACCUUUUCCAAGAUGACCUGUAUCCUGACACGGCGGGGCCAGAGGCUGCGCUGGAGGCAGAAGAGUGGUUCGAGGGGAAGAACGCAGAUCCGAUCCUCAUCUCUUUGAAGCACGGGUACAUUCCAGGCAAAAACAGGGAUCUCAAGGUGGUCAAGAAGAACAUUCUGGAUAGCAAGCCAACGGCGAAUAAGAAGUGCGACCUGAUCAACGUCCCUAAGAAAACCACAGACAUGGCCAGUGUGCAAAAUGAAGCCAAGUUGGAUGAGAUUUUAAAAGAGAUCAAAUCUAUAAAAGACACAAUCUGCAAUCAAGAUGAGCGUAUUUCCAAGUUGGAACAGCAGAUGGCGAAGAUAGCAGCCUGAAGGUCCCACCCCCACCCCUGUAAAAAACGGGAGCAAGAACUCGUGCUUGGUAGCUGGUUGUUGGUGUGGUCCCAGGGAGGGCGAGGGGAGGCACUGCCAUUUGGAGACAUUCCAUUUCAGAUUUGUCAACCAGCGAUAGGCCACAUUCCAGUAAGAACUCAAUUUGUCUCCCAAAUUUGCAGAAACAAAACGUGAUUUAAAAGCUGAGCUUUUUAUCAGAAAGCUUUUUUGAUGUUUUAAGUGUUACGUGACUUGUUGAACUUUUAAGAGACAAAAGUGCUACUUUUAAAAUCCCAGAUAUUCUGAAUUUUAGAAAACAAACCAAUUCUGAUUCAGUGUCGUGCCCAAGUACCUUUUUUUUUUUACAAAUAGGGACCAAUGCCACAUUGCUUUUUAUAUUUCUUUCUUUUUUUAAUCUUGCCAAAACCAAAAGUAGCUUUUUUUUCUUUGUAUUUUGCUACUUUGCAGUAUUUGUGUGUGGUUUUUUUUCUUUAAUUUGAAAGGGACAGCACUGUGUAUGUUUAUAAACUAUAUGAAGAUAAGAUAUUAUUUUGUAUGAACAUUCAUCUGAGAACAAUCAGAGCAGCAGCCACAUGGUGCUGGCUAAUUUGCAGCACAAAGCCAGUCAUCUUAAUGACUGUACAAAAGGAAGACUUGAAAAAAUCACGUGGAUUCAUAUUACUACCCCUCAUUUCACUGAGUCUUCUGAUCAAAAAAGCUCACAUCGUAUCUCUUCCUUUCUUUCCUUUCUCUUUCCUAGAAAUUGGGUGGUUGUACCAGAAUGGAAUUUUGCUUCUUGGUUAUCCUGUGCUUCUGACGAUUAUAAUCUAACCCAAACUAGCAUGUGUUUCUGCAGUUUUGUUACACAUAUAGGAUCUAUUGCCUUCAUCACUGUAAACAUCAUGUUUCAGGUUUUGGUCAAUACUUGACAAGGGUGCCCAGGACAAGAAGACACAUACCUUGUUGAGAGUAUCUUCUUGCCCUUUUCCGCAGCUUGCCUAGCUCUUGAGUACAGUGGUGAGGACUGAAAACAAGGGAACUUGGGAGGGAGCAUUUGCCUGGGGUGAUCCUCUGUCUUCCUGUGUGACCUGUGCUGUCCCCGGCUGUGCUGGAGGAGGAGGUGGCUCUCCUCCCACCAACAAAGCUCCUGCUCUACCCUCUUCCUCACAUGUGCUGCGACCUCUCUCAGGGCUCCCCCAGCCAUUCCUUCUCUCUUUCCUGCCUUUCAGCCCUACUCAUGUUCAGGUAAGAUGAGGCCAGAAGGUGCUAUUGAAUAUUGAGACUGAGGAAUGAUCUAGAAUGAAGGAAAAACAGAAGCGCAGACCUCUGCUGUAGCUUUAAUGUGUACAAACAUGUCCCUUUGCAUCCUCCACACAGACUAAUCUGUUCCGCCUCUCCAGCUCACACCGAGGCUGUGUCAAAACACAGAGGCUUCCUGGACCCAGAGGGGGGCCAGAGACUGAGCUCUGGUCACCUGCUCAUUCCUAGGUUAGCUAGUACUUCGCCCCACUUCCAAUUUCUCAUACUGCAUGCUUGAGGAACAGGAUUUAAGGAGCCUCUGCUUUGGAAGGGCCGAACGUCCGCGAUUGCAGGCGAAAUGUAUAGUGCCGUUGGGACCACAGCGGGAGCUCUCGCGCAUGCCCGUGCUGGUGUGGGCAUGGACUGGCUGGAAUGUGGCGACAGCAGGUCAGAAGGCACAGCUGAACUAGGGGUGAUGUCCGUGUAGAAAAGGUACCAUGUUCUUAACCAACUGAUACUAGGAUCGCUGUCUCCACGAUUUCAGGGCAUCUGAAUGUUGGAUGUGGUUUUGUGCGUAUGUACGUAUGUAUGUGUGUGUUUUUAAUAUUGAAGUGGAUAAUGAGAUGUAAAGAAAAUAAUUACAACGACUUAUAUUCAAGCCUGCAUUUGUUUCUUUAUCAACGUAAUCUGCUGAGGACCUUCGUUUCUAAGAUUCGGAAACGUUUUAGGGUUCUGAUAUCAAAUUAAGUAAACAGAAUUGGUGGUGGUGGUGUGAAACACUGUAGGGAAUGUGGUCGGAGAGAAGCGGAAGGCAGGGAAGAGUCAUCCUGAUCUUAGGCUGUAGCUUAGGACUUACCUAAUGAGUGAUGCCCAGCCAGGCUCGUAGGCGCCUGAAGCAUUGUGGAUUAUUUCUCCUGUUUUGUCCUUUUUUUUUUUUUUUUUUAAAGCCGUGACAUCCCAGAGGAGGACAGUGAAUUACUCCUAGAUCGGCUCUUAUAGAGCGGCUAUAGUAUUCUGUCAAAACACUUGCUUCCAUUUUCAAAGAUAAAAAUCAUUGAUUACAAAA